AUGAGGCGGCUCUUGGCAUUCAGUACGUACGCGCUGAGGGUAUCACCACCUCUGGUGUGUGUGCCACCACGUGCUGCCGUUGUUGUUGUCCCUCGUUUCUGCAGCACGCAGUCGCCCCCCAAAACAGAUUUCACUGCAGAGGAGUUGCACAAGUCUGCAUUGGAAUUCUUUGAGCGUGGAGACUACGUUAAUGCAAUUAAACAGUGGGAAACGGUAGUGGCAUCGCAGGAUCACACUGAAAGCAACAGCCCCACAUUGAUGAACUGUCUAAACAACUUGGCGUGUGCAUAUGGCGAGAUUGGCAAUCACUCCAAAAAGCUUCAGCUUCUCGAACGUUCCCGUGAUAUGGUGAAGAAGAUCUACGGUGCAGACCACCCGCAGUACGGCAUGGUCCUCUACAAUAUGGCUUGCGCCUACGAGGAUAUGGGCCGCUACCAAGAGAUGGAGGAACUUCUUCUUCAAUCACUUGCCAUUCACGAGCAGAAGUUCCACCCAAAGCACGCCAAGGUGGGACGUGUACUCCUCCUGCUUGCCGAGGCAUAUGGACACCUAGGUAAAUAUGAAGCUCAGCUACAGGUGGCGGAGCGGGCCCUCGACAUUGUGCGCCGUCAUUGUGGGCCAGAGCAUAUGCAGACUACCAUUGCCAUGCUGACGCUUUCAAGGGCAUGCGGAGCGAACGGCAACCAGGCGAGACGCCUGCAGCUCGCCCAGCAGUCAUAUGACAUCCAGGAAAAGAAGUUGGGGGCCAUGAAUCCGCAAUUGGCGCUGACACUCAUGGAAUUGGCGGAUGUGCACGGCGCAAACGGGAAUCAUUUUCACAAGAAGGAGCUCUUAGAGAAGGCCAUUGAGGUGCAGAAGAGGGCGUUUGGCACCCAACAUACACACCUCAUCGCGACGUAUACAGCGCUUGGUGAUGCCUAUGGUGAAUUAGGUGACAAGGAGAAUCAGGCGGCUUACUACCGCGAAGCGCUGAACGUCGCACGGCAACGAUACAGGGGACGCCACAUUUCUAUUGGUAUGUCUGCCACUAAAUGUGCACGGGGGUAUCUGCGCAUCGGAAUGGUUAAAGAGGCGAAGGCUCUGUUGGAAGAGGCACGAAGUAUCAUUGACGGCAAUGUGUCGGAGAUCCACCCCGCCGCAGUUGACCUUCGCGAUACACUUGAAGAACUGACGAAGAUUACCAGUGAAAGGGAGGACGUCUGA